CCGAGUUCAUCUGAGCUCGAUGGCAGUGCGUGUAUAUUUUUUAUAAGAAAAAAUAUUUUUUUGAAUAUAUUCUUUACAUUUUUCAAUUACUUUUGGAAAUGUUGAUAUUUGUAGUUAUUCUCUCCCAGUUUUUAUUAGAAUUAGCAGCUGUAAAUGUGACUCCUGAGACUAAGAUUUCUUCUACUUCCAAUUUUAUUUGGUCUUAUGAUGAUGAGUCCAAGUGGCCUGGUAAACUCUGCCAGUCAGGCGGCAAACGGCAGUCUCCCAUUGACAUCAGGACUGAUGAUGUGGUCCGAGACUUUAGGAAGGAGUUCAUCAAGUAUGGGCCGCUCAAAUUCACAGGAUAUAAGAAGGUCCUUACCACUGGCAUCAAUAAUGGACAUACUAUACAAUUCAGCACGGAGGGAGAGGAUCUGAUGCACCCGCUGAUCUCUGGUGGACCUCUCAAGUAUCGCUACAGGCUCGAACAGCUGCACUUCCACUGGCUCUCGGAACACGCCGUAAACGGUGUCAAAUAUCCAAUGGAGAUACAUUUCGUCCACGUGCGAGCUGAUCUCACCGUGAACCAGGCGUUGCACAGAAAGGAUGGGCUAGCCAUCGUCUCUGUCUUCGGCAAUGUACAAAGUGAAUUAGACGACAGCGACUUACAUAUGGGAGAAGUGAUGACGCACGUUCCGAAGCUGAUGAGGCCAGGAAACCGGCUCAGUGGGGUGCUCCUCGAUAUGUCAAAGCUGUUGAAUGUGGACAAGUCUUCAUACUACACAUACGCGGGAUCCCUGACGUCACCGGACUGCAACGAGGCUGUCAUCUGGAUCAUCUUCACAACUCCAAUAGUCUUAACGGAUGCACAGUACCGCAUGUUCGCCAACAUAGGCAUAGUGCGGCACAACUUCAGGAGCCUGCAGAAGGUGAACCAGCAGGUGGUGUACAUGCCCGUGGAGGUCAAGGUCAAGGUGCCGCACAUCGUGCAGUUCUUCGUGGACGUCGGCAGGGCCGUCACUGACUUCUUCAAGAAUUUUGGCACAUUCGUGUCAAACGGCAUCCACGUACGAUAGCACGCGGUGUUUGCAUUAAAUUCGCAAUGUUUUGCAAAAUUCCGGUAUCUGGAACGAGAUGUUUUUACAUGGUCACAAAUGUUCAUUUUACAUCAAGGCUGAACCAACCUUGAACCUUUGAUACCAGUUUAAAAAAAAGAAUGUUUAACCGCCGUACUUAGACUCAUUUUAUAGUUACUUAACCCAAUCCUUAGCAAUUUCGGAAUAAAAUCGUUACUAAGGAAAAGUUUAAGUAAUCAUUAAAUGUCUCUGAGUGUGGCAGUAAGCCACGCUUUCCAUUUAACUGAGGCAGAAAUUAUGAUUAAAGUAUACGUUUCACUUAAUGUAACUUAGACAGAGUUUAAAGUACAUAAUUUUAAAAGUAAAUUAAUAAAACGAUAUUGCUUUAUAUCAUCAACAUUCUUGCUUUACAUAACAUUUGUAUAAUUAUAAUAACUGUGAAACAUACUAAAUUAACUAAAAAAUAACGGUUUACGUCACGCAGCCUACAACGCCACCGCGUUUGCGUACGCUGCUCAUGGUAGAGUCCCUCUGUGAUUCGAAACUAGUUGAGUUUUUACAUGAGUAAACUGUUAUUUUUAGUUAACAUCUACAUUUCUUGGAGGGACUAUGUAACAAAAACUAGUCACCAGAUAUGUUACGUAGGACAGAACAGUGGCAAUUGUUUCAAAUUAAAUAAAAAGAUGUGACUGCGGUACUUGUAAAUAGAUUAUAUUAAUUUAUUAUAAAAUAAAAUACUUGCGUUAUUGUUAAUUCUGUUUUAUUUAAAUAAUAAUAUUAACAGCCGUAUCUACAUAUCACGCACACAAACAUACAUUGUCAUCAUAUACCAACAGGAUAUUGUAUACAAAUAUAUUUUUCUUUUAAAAAAUAAGUAAUUGGUGUUAGGCAACAUAGUCGUAACUUCACGGCACUUAAUCUUUGAAGGUAUAGACAGAGUAGUACUUAUAGUACACCAUCUUUUGCCAACCUUUGAGUUUCGCCAGUUAUGGAAUCCUAUGUAAUAUAGGAUGAAAUAAAAAUACCGGUUUAAUGAUUGAGAAUUUCGAGGAAAUCCAAUAAUAUAUUGCCCUACUCGGUGAAACAAGUAACCAUGUCAACAGAUAAAACAAAAAAAAAACAUAUUUGUAUACAAAAUUUCACUCCAUCGCAUCGCCAACAUUGGUUACCAAUGCCAACGUUACGUCCAAUGCUUGGCAAAGGAACUUCAUAAGUACGUAAGCUAAUGUCAGGCAACAUUGGCGUUGGCCACCAAUAUUGGACGAAGUUUUUAACUAACCCAGACAUAAAAUUAACUAAUAAAUUACAUGAAUACGGUUUGGUUCUAACACAUACGCAUGGUAACCGCAUACAAACAAAAUUUUGAAAAACCCAACUUUAUGAUCUUUCCAUGGAGUGUAAUUUACACUGAAGAGUUUUCAUAAUAAUAGUUCUUUUAAAACAGUACUUUGCCUUAUUUACGUAAUAAAAGUUAAAACAAUAAUUAAACAAUAUUCUGGAACAUUUUAAAACAAAUGAAAUAAUACAGAAUCCAAUUUCAAUCAAAAAUACAAUAUGAUUUUUAACAAUAGUGCAAAAGCCUAAUGUAAUUUCAGCGUCCACAGGCCCGCAUCGCACGCAUCGUACGCAACGGAUUUUAGUUUGUCUUGUAUAGAAACUCAUACAACUGCGUCCACUGAUUUGCAUCGUAUGGAUGCAGUCAAUCCGUUUGAUGCGAUGCGUACGAUGCAGACCUGUGGACGCUUACCAGUAAUCUACGGCUCUUUUCUAAGUUUUUUAUAUGAGUAUAAAACAUAAAGGAUAAUGAUACUUUUAUUCAUUUCCGAAUUAUUAAGACGAAUGACGAAAACGAAAUCAGUUUUGUUUUAUUUGUAUACAGGUAAAGAAACAGUAUCCAUGCGACGGUCCAUAAGUUUCUAAUUUUUGUCUAUCAUGUAGCUAUUUUGUAAUAAAGUCAGUAUGGCCUGUCUGUUUGAUUAAACCUUUAACUAGGUCUCAUCUUUCUCAGAUGGUAAAUAAGUACUGAUUUAUUCUCUAUUUUGCGAAAGUGUGAUCGAUCUAAGACGGUCUUUAAAGUGAAGAUUAUCUUGUGUGUAAGUGUGUUGAAAGUUAAUACAACAUACAAAACACAAUUUCGAUGAAAAAAUAAUUAGGAACAUAUACAGUAAGUAAACGAAACGCUCCCAAACGCCGCAAACAGGUGAUAGUGAAAGUUGUAUUUUGAAAACAAUAAGGAAUUCAAUGUUUAUGUAAUAUGUAUAAUAAUAGAUGUAAU